AUGACUUCCAUCUCGUCUUCCGAUUUCCCCCCGAAUCAACCGCCGACGCCGACUCGCAUUCUAAGAACCCGGUCAAGCAGGUUUGGUUUGCGUUCCACGUCAUCUCCCAGUGCACGCUGCGGCCGACUACUUCCUCGAGUGGUGUUCCCUCAUCGAUACGAAUCCGUUUCCGGGACUUCACGCUCGCCAGAGAAUAAGAUCAAUGGUUGGGACCUGUACGACGCGAAGGCUGAAUUCAAGCGACAGGGCAUCAGCGAAAAGUCGGCGGACCUAGGGUGGAGGAUAACCAUGAUCAACAAGGAUUACGCCUUCUCCCCAACGUACCCAGCAGUGCUGGCAGUACCGUCCAAGAUUUCGGAUAGUACCCUGAAGUAUGCUGCGGCUUUCCGCUCUCGCGCCCGGAUCCCAGCGCUCUGCUACCUCCAUCCUGUCAACAACUGCACAAUAACCCGCAGCUCACAACCGUUUGUGGGGCUCCGAAUGAAGCGCAGCAUUCAGGAUGAGCGCCUCGUCGGAGCCUGCUUCUCUGCCAAUGUGGACUGCCUCGAUACAGGACCUGCGUUAAACACGGGGGAGAGCCCCUCUUCCAGCCACGUGGACCUGACCGCCGAGGGUGCAGAGGUUGAUACCACGUCGCUCGAGGCGGAACGUAUGCAGAUGGAGGAUGAAUUUAUUGCUAGUAUUAAUACGCAGUACGACGAAAAGACCGGAAAACGACUGGUAUACGGGGCUCAGCAACACAACCUGAUUGUCGACGCCCGGCCUGCCAUCAACUCUUACGCCAUGCAGGCUAUCGGAAUGGGUUCGGAGAACAUGGAUUACUACAGGUUCGCGAAAAAGGUGUUCCUAAAUAUAGACAAUAUUCACGUCAUGAGGGACUCCCUAGACAAGGUCAUCAGCGCCAUCAAGGACGCCGAUGUUUCCCCUUUCCCUCCGAACAAAGAUCUCCUAACCAAAAGCAAGUGGCUGAAGCAUAUCCGCGGCAUCCUGGACGGCUCGGCUAUCAUCGCGCGGCAGGUUGCCAUCCAACAUUCCCAUGUGCUCAUCCACUGCUCCGAUGGCUGGGACCGGACGAGCCAGCUGAGCGCAUUGGCCCAGCUGAUGCUUGAUCCGUACUACCGCACCAUUGAUGGCUUCAUCGUCCUGGUUGAGAAGGAGUGGCUGUCGUUUGGACACAUGUUCCAAAUGCGGUCGGGUUACAUGAGCCAUGAGAGCUGGUUUACCGUGGAUAGUGAAGCGCUGGCGGGCUCAUCAAUCCGGCCGGGUGAAAGCGAAGGCCGGGGGGAUGCGAUCGAAAACGCCCUCGCGAGUGCAAAGAGGUUUUGGAACAAGAGUGUGGGAGCCGAGAAGGAGGCAUCGUCAUCAUCAGAAGUGGAGGAGCCCCUAGCUGUUGACGAGUUGAAACAAGGCCCUGCGCCCAUCACCGAAGACCAGGCCACGAAACCCAAAGAUGUGUCGCCCGUUUUUCACCAGUUCCUCGAUGCGACCUAUCAGCUUUUCCGUCAACACCCAACGCGGUUCGAGUUUAAUGAACGCUUCCUCCGGCGGUUGCUGUACCAUCUAUAUUCGUGCCAGUACGGUACCUUCUUGUACAACAAUGAGCAGCAGCGUCGCGAGGCAAAGCUUCAUGAACGCACACGGAGUGUCUGGUCGUAUUUCUUAAGCCGCCGUCAGGAAUUCACGAACGACCAGUAUGAUCCGACUAUCGAUGACCUCACCAAGGGGCGGGAGCGGCUCAUCUUUCCGCGGCUGGGCGAGGUGCGGUGGUGGCACCAGGUGUUCAAUCGCACUGACGACGAGAUGAAUGACGACAUCAAUGCCUCUCUAGCCACAGCGGAACGCGUCGCGGCAUAUCAAGCCUCGUCAGGGUUGUCGGAGCAAGGUGCUGGUGACAACGCAGGGACCCAGUCCGAGAUCGCAUCUGCGGACACCGCGAGCUCAUCCCACCCUCAACCACCGGCUUUGACUGCAAGCCAGUCGGUGCUCACGGGCGUGGAGACUGCUCAUGAGGCUCUUACGCCAGAAGUCAGGACGUCAGCGUCAUUCAAUCGUAGUGCGAGCACAGGGGUGGUGCCCGGUGCCCUUGGGGCAUUACAGGACCGACUCUCUGGGCUGAACAUUGGGAAAGGCGUCUUCGGCGGCACCGGUAGUCCGAGUACGGGUAGGAGUCGUCCGGGUGGGCAUAGCACAGAGACUAAUGGUCCUGUCGAGGAUCAGGGCAACAAGAAACCGGAAGAGGUGGGCGAAGGGCAGGAGAUGAAGAGUAUGGACUGA